CGGGAGGUUUCGAUGCUGGUCGUACCGAUGCCUCAGGUCGGGGUCAGGACAGCUCAGGGCGGGCUGAGGUGACUUGUUGUCACUGCAAUGCUCCCCAUGUGGAACCGCCUGCAGACCAACGUUACCUGCACACAAAGAAGGGAACGAUUGAUCUCUGGCAGCCACACACACUGCAUGACUGUCAUGUGUGCGGCAAGAGUUUCAGUACCGGUGUGCCGACUCUUGGACGCCUUCCUGACUCCCACCAGUCUGCCGCGGAUCUGUUGAGUCAAGGGCAACCUGCUGGUGCUGUCGAGGCUUCAGAUCAGCCCGACAUUGCUGGUCCCUCUUGCUCGACGGACGAAUCGGAUCGACACACGCCAGACGAUCCACGAACACACAAUGGCCAUCCUGCAGGACGAACAAAUCAACACAUGGGCCAUGAUCCGUUUGCAUCUCCUGUGCAGCCUGCUGUGCAGAUACCUGUUCCACCCGAGGAAGGAAAUCCAACCUUCUGGCUACAACACAAGCGACUAGCACACCUCAAUCGCCGUGACAUGGAUCUGUUGAGAAAAGACCUCGGUGAAGGGCUGCUUGUCUUAAUCUUACCUCCAUCCGACUGGCAAUGCGUUGGAUGCCUGAAGGGUAAAAUGACAGACACACAACGAAUCAGGCACAAGGGCGACACGCAAGCGUCAAUCAGUGCAUCGCGACAUCUCCGGACCACAUCCAAGUUCGAUUCUCGAUGGCUAUCAACACCAUAUGGUCUUCGUGGACGACUAGUCUCGUCGUGUCUGUGGCACCUCUCAAGCGUCGACGCGACGCGCGCACAGGCCUGAAACGAUACAUCGCGGAGGUCGGACACAUCCAGGAGCUCAGAUCCGACGGAGCCAAAGAGCUGUGCGAAGGCAAUCUGCUCCACGCUGCCGCCCAGUUCGGCAUCGCCAAACAAUUCAGCGUCCCUCACGUCUAUGAGCGGAAUGGCGUGGCUGAGAGGAUGAUCCAAACGCUGAACAACACGGCCACAUCGAUCCUCGUGACGGCGAAUCUGCCGAGGGGCUUCUGGCCGUGGGCUGUACGAGCAGCCGCAUAUGUGCGCAAUCGCUGCCCCUGCAGAAGCAACACAACUAGCAAACACCAUAUGAGAUGUGGAAGAACUUCAAGCCCGACCUGCGCAGACUGCGUGUGUUUGGCUGUCUAGCCUACCCGUUUGUGCGCGAGCAUGAGCGAGCCACGAAGUUCAGUCCGAAGUGUAACCCGGCGAUCUUCGUUGGCUAUCAUCCACAGAUGAAGGACGGAUACGUCUUCUGGAUACCGUCUAAAAGACAAAUAAAGGUCACAAACACAGCCACAUUCUUUGAACAUUCGUUCAAUCUACAGACAGGUGUCAAUCCAUACUUCCUACCGAGAGGGGGAAGGAAAUGGCGACACACAUGAGCAGGACGCUCACGAAGCGCCAGACGCCCAAGAAGCGCAAGACGCUCAACCGCAAGACCAGCAACCCGUCGAUGAAGACGCCUUAGAAACACCGCCACUGUCACACCUAGCCCCUGACGGGCCACUCACAGGAAGACUUAUCCCCUUCCCGUCGCCAUCCUUCAACAUGUCUCCGUGUGUUGUCGAGACCGUGCGGUGAAUUACAACUGACGGAGUAAUUGACGGCGUCCAAAAGCCACGUCCGCUCCAGUAGCUCAUUCGUGUCCGCUGAGGGCCCGCGUGAGGCCAUUUGUGUGUCGAGGGGGCAUAGGCAAAG